CCAUCUUUCUUUUUUAUUGCUUUUCACUCUUUGGCUUGGUUGGUUGGGUGUUUCCCAUAUUUGCAGGAGAAAUGACAGGGCAAGGUAAUUGACAAAGGGGAGAGUUCGAACCCUACCAAGAGGGCACAUUCUUACACUAGUCUACUUUAGUACUUGAGGAGGAACCGUCGUAGAGAGGUCCGGGAGGAGUUUGAGAAGUCGAUUGUGUUGGAGAUUCUGUUUGAGAUCCAAGAGAGGAUCUACUGGGUCCUCACCCUUGAGUUUCUAAGUACACUAAGGGUGAAGAAGAUUUGAGGUUAUGCUACUGCUGAUAGUCCUCGGAUCUACUUCAACUUGAGAGGCAGGGAGCGCGAGAUGACGAUGCAAAAUUUCACUCUGGCUCUCGAUAUCUACCCUCCGGAGUUCGUUCAAGAUCUGGUCGACUUUGCCGCACUGAUUCCGGAAAUCAAAUUCCCUUUCCCUCUAGACUUCCACGACAGGGAGAUGAGGCUACCACACAGAAGACCUUGGGACGUGAAGCAAUCCAAGGGGAGUGAGGUUCGACCCGAAUUCCGACUGAUCCAUCACGUCAUUUCUCGAUCAGCCGGAGGGAAGUACGGGAGCAAGGACAAUCUCACUACCACAAAUGUCCUUCUCAUUUGGAGCAUGCAGGGCGGACAAAAGCUCCAUCUCGGGCAAUCAAUUCUACAGACUCUUUGUUGGCUUGACUUAGACCAGCGGUUGAUGGGCUUGCAUGGAGGAGCAUACAUCACUAGGAUAGCCUGAUACCUCAUUGUUGACGUGGCUGCCGCCGAGAGUCCAUUUGACACCUUAUUUGUGUUGGUCUCGUUCGACAUCCGGAAGACAUAUUUGAAGACAUUGGAGCUGAAUGAGGAGGGAGUCUGGGGAGUUGAGAUGUUGGGUUCCCAGAUAGCAACACUGUGGUUCUGAAUGGAGUUAGACGCUCACUCCCACGACAUCAUAAGCAGAUAUCCCAUAAUUAUUCGUCAUCUCCAUCUACACGCUAGAGCUUUCACCAGGUCUACUCGAGCCGAGCACCAUCCUCUUCCAAUUUCGAGGACUCGUCCAUUGGAGCUCAGCGAGAUACCAUCCCGAGGAACCAGAAGAGGGAUGGCGAUGCGAGUAAUAAUAUGAUCAAAUACACUCACGCUCUGAUGUGGAGGAGCAACCUUGAUUAUACUACAGUCAGGCAUCGGUUUGAGCGCACUCCACUUCCACUAGCCUACACCAUACCAGAGGAGGAAGACGAGGCAAAGUCAGAAGAUAACUAGAUUGACCAUUAUUACUUGGCACCAUAGGGUCAUCUCCUAUCUUUUCAUUUCCUAGUUGUAACUCAUGACAGUUUGCUUCUUUUAUUUUCUUUUCAGUACUUUGGAUAUUAACUAUUUGUGUGUUUUAGUUCCUAGUAUCUCUUAUUUGGUAUUUUCAUUUUAGUUAUGCACUGGUUUCUAUCUUUUCUCACCAUAACAAUCAUUUCUCCAUUCCCCCUUGUGUGUUUGUGUGAAUAUUUUCUAGAUCAAAGAAGAGCUUCACCUUGGGUACCUAUUUUCCCCUAGACUACAUCGACCACCUAUGGUAACAAUUUGUGAACCUAACCUAGAAUUCCCACAUUGAGGACAAUGUGUCUCUCAAGUGUGGAGAGUUGCAUUGCCUUUUUUUAAAUGAGUUCAUGGUUGUUUGCCAAGUUGAUUGAUCACUUUCCUUAAUGAUGAAUGUGAAAUAUUUAUGAUUGCUCGUGGUAAUGUGGUCGAUUGAUUGAAUGGUUUUUCGUAGUCGAAUGAAAUAUAAGACUUGCUUGGAAGCUUAUUGUAUGACCAUUUUUUUUUCAAAUUUGAGGGUUCCAAGUAAACCCGUUAGCAUGUUGUGUGAUCAUUUAAUUUGAAUCGUCGAAUCUUUGUCUCUUUUUCUCGACCAAUGUUGAGGUCCGUAGUGCGCGCUUUGCUUGGUGAGAUAUAUUUUUGGAUGAUUCUUCGAUGUAUCCUAGUCUGCAUGUUUGAACAAUGACUGUGGGAUAGGUUUGCAUAUUGAGAAAACCCUAAUUCUCCUAGUUAGGACAUCGGAAAUGUACUUGGUUCUAUUAUGUCUUACAUCAUGCAUACUAAGAAUAAAAUUGAAGUGCAGCGUUUAAUGAAACAUGUUGUGGCAACCCGUUCUAUAGUAAUGGGAGUUCCUUUUGGAACAAAAUACAUGGGAGUUAGGAUAGCUUUACCGCGUCCAUCUACAUCUUUUUACCAUUUUCCAUCCUCCCAUGUAUGUCAUGGAGCGAGGUAAAGGGACGAGAAUCUAUCCCUACUUGCUCGGCUAACAAGCACACAGUAUUAAAUGCCAUUUAUUCACAUACUCAUCUUAACAUAAAAGGAUACCCAAAUAAAUAAAACCCCCCAAAGAGAUAAUCUAAUUGAAUAAAGGUGGUUGAGAAAGUGAAGAAAAUAACCGUGUGCCACUGAUCUUUUCACCUACCUUUGGGAGUUUUGGUUUGCUCCUUGUGCCUCUCCUUUCAUUUCAGGAUAUGCUUUCUAGGAUUUUCCGAAUCGAACCAAGCAAGGGUGGAGGUAACCGAGAAAAUCUAGAUACUAUAACCCCUACUCUGACGAAACACAUCGGGGGGAGCUGAAACACCCUAACCCGACUGGGUACUACUUUUACUAAAAUGCCCUUGAUAAAUAAAAUACUCAAAAUCUUAAAUUGCAACUGGGAAAAAUUUCAAUAAAUAAAAUAAUGAAAACACACACAUGUAGUUCAAAGCAAAGCCCUAACAUGUGGGCCAAAUAAACUCAACCUUUAAAAACUCAACUUGAUCACCAGUCUAUACUCAUAAUCAUAAAACAUAAUAAUUAACUAGUCUCAGGUGUUGUUGCUUGCGUGAAAAACUCUGACUAGACAUCCUCUAUGACACACGUACCGUCCUCCUCUAGCUAGCUUCACUCGAACUGUUUCUCUCGAUCCCACUGCUCUCUAACUGCUCCUCUAGCUUCUUCCUCUUCAAACUGGUGAGUGAGUUGGGGUCAGUCUACGCCCUUAAGUUUAACCUCUUAUUAAAACUUGAGCACUUUACUUAACUGUGUGGAAGUUGUUUUGUACUUCCACUAUCGAAAAGCUUAACUCUUAAAACUGUAUGGGAGUUACUGUUACUCCAUUCUUAAAUCUCAAAGCUUGACUUAAAUACUUGACUGACACUGGGAUCCCUCACUAGCUAGUCCGGUUGCCAACUCAUACGUAUGAGAAGCCAUCAAGGCUUUCCUUAAACUUAAACUUAGUUAGGGAAGUCGUAACGAUUCAUCCCCCUAACAUCUUAAACUUAUCGUGGUGGCUCUUCACCACGAUUCUCAAGAGCAUAACUGUUGCUCAUCUUAAAAUUCUCAAGAGCAUAACUGCUACUCUGUCUCAAAGAUCUCAAGAGCAUAACUACUGUUCUAUCUGAAAAUCUCAAAUGGCAACGGAUUGGCGCUAGUGACUAAAAACACUUAAAACGACUUCACCUUCUUGAAGGUGGGUUAUUUCUUAAAAAUACCUUGUUUCUUAAACUUUAACAAUAACUUAUACUCAUAAAAUUUUCAAGGUAAAUAAUCACAAUUCAUUUCAAUUCAUAACUCAAACAAGCACAUAUCAUCAACCAUAAUAAUGCAAACUCAAACAUGAAGCAAAUACUGCACAUGCAUCACGUAAAUCAAUACUCGAAAAAAAUACUCAAGGCAGAUACUUAAAAAUCGUAAGGCGUAGAAUUUACCUCUUUACACUCACCUUAAUUCUCAAAUGACUGAUUUUGUCGAAUAUCCUGAAUGACUUUGACCCAUCCGCCAACACUUCUUGAUAGCCUGAUGCGGAACAUCCCGUAGCAGUUGAUUGACUUCGUUCCACAUCAACCCAAUUCGUCUCAUUCAUAAAAGUCAACCACAACAAAAUGUCCCAAGCCACGUUAAAGCACCUCUCAUAACCCCAAUAUUGCUUAUCCUAAACGUGAUACUAAUUUGAUUCAACAAAGCAGACUGGUGUUA